AUGACGUUGACGUCAGUCACGGCAGGUCCCUUGGGAGGCGACUGGCGCAAGCAAUACAUAGUACUUGAUCACCUGGUCGGCUACAGCCUAACUUUGCAGUCUUUCUACCUGUUUACCACCUUUCAGCCAUCUAGACUUGAACCUAAGGAAUUUCUUUCCGUACUGUUACUCAAGAUGGCGAAUGCCGGCACUCCUCCCAACUACUAUGCGAUCCUAGAGAUCACCGAGGCGGCCACGACCCAGCAAGUUCGAGAUGCGUACAAGAAGGCCGCCCUAAAGACGCAUCCCGACAGAGUCCCCGCCGGUUCACCAGAGCGAGCAUCGCGAACUCGCAAGUUCCAGCUCGUCAACGAUGCAUACUACACCCUAUCCGACACCACAAGAAGACGCGAAUACGAUGCCCAGCGCAAGAUGUUCGGCGCCUCAUCCGCCUACGCAGCCAACGACCCCUUCGAUGACCCCGAGGAAGAGGUUCCACCGCAAGCCGGACCAAACCCCACAAACGCCUACUCAUGGGCCUGGAACUUCUUCACGGGUGGCGGCCAGGCAAACAACGAACAGCAACGCGAGAGGGCAAACAACCAGCAGUUCGGCGAUGUGUUCGAGGAGAUGCUGCGUGAGGAAGGCAUGGCCGAGGAGGGUACCAACCGCCCGACAAGUUCCUUCUGGGGUACCAUCGGUGGCGUGAGCGGCGCGGCCCUUGGGUUCAUCGUCGGAAACAUGCCUGGCGCGUUCGCUGGUGGUGUUGCCGGAAACCGCCUCGGCGCGGUUCGAGAUGCGAAGGGAAAGAGCGUCUACGCGGUGUUCCAGGAUCUGCCACAGGGAGACCGUGCGAGGCUGCUCACGCAGUUGGCUGCGAAGGUUUUCAGCCACACUGUUGGAGUUUAG